AUGAAAAUGAAGCAUAAUGGUGCAAUUGAUAAAACUAGGGCAGGUUUUACUGCUUUAUGCAAUCGAUUACUUUGCUCAGAUAAUCCAAGACUUAGCAAAUUACCGGAAUCAUGGAUGGAACAACUAAUGGAAAGAACAAUAGCCAAAGGACAAACAGUAGACGACUUACUAAGAAGAAGCGCGGGAAUUCCCGCUGCAUUCAUCGCCUUUUUCCUCUCAGAACCCGAAGGCACACCAAAGCGACUCCUCCCACGCGCCUUACGUUGGCUAAUCGAUCUAUCCAACAAAUCCAUAACCAAUCAAAACGGAUCUGGAUCCGACCCAAAGAUCCGAGAUGAAGGCGUGAUUCCAACAGUACAUGCGUUCAAUGUUCUUAAAGCAGCGUUUAAUGAUACGAAUCUUGCGACUGAUACUUCUGGGUUUUCUGCUGAGGCUAUGAUUAUUUGUAUACGCUCGUUUUCUUCGAAUUAUUGGGAAGUUAGAAAUAGCGCGUGUCUUGCGUAUACCGCUUUAGUUCGUCGAAUGAUUGGAUUCCUUAAUGUGCAAAAACGUGAAUCUGCCAGACGCGCGUUGACUGGCCUUGAAUUUUUCCACAGGUACCCAUCAUUGCAUCCAUUCUUAUACAGCGAACUAAAAAUCGCCACUGAGCUGCUAACCACCGGCUCACGUGACCUGGCUCAAGCCGUGCACCCAAGCCUAUGUCCCAUGCUAAUCCUCUUAUCCCGGCUCAAGCCGUCAACAAUCGCAAGUGAAUCAGGAGACGAAUUGGACCCCUUUUUAUUCACCCCCUUCAUCAGAAAAUGCUCCACUCAAAGCAACCUUCGAGUCCGUGUCCUCGCUUCACGCGCUUUAACCGGUUUAAUCUCAAACGAAAAACUCCCCCUCAUUUUAGUCAACACAGUCAACGACCUACCACCUUCCACAACAAAAAUAAAUCCCAUUUCUUCAAACACAAUUCACGGCUUACUCCUACAACUAAUCUCUCUUCUCGAUAUCAAUUGCAGAAACUUAAUAGAUUCCGAGAGAAAAGAUCAGAUUUUAGAUGAGUUAGUUGAAACCCUCGUCACACGUUCUUCCAUCGCCUGCCCGGAAACCCGCCCGAGCUGCCCGACGAUUGUUACGAGUUUCUUACGGGUUCUUGAUGUCAUGCUAAGCAUUGCGAAAACGUGCGAUGGAAGCAAAAGCUUUGGCAAAAUUCGUGAUCUUCUUUCGAAUUUAUCUUCUAGAAGCUUGGAUAUGGAAGCUUCUUUUGGAUUACCUUAUUUCGAUCCAACAAUAUCCGAAUGCCGAAAACAAGCUGCCACUUCGUAUUUUAAUUCGAUCCGACGAGAAUCACAGAUUCAAGAUCGAUUAAUCCGGUGUUUUUCCGAUCCAUCUUACGAAGUUCGAAUCGCAACGUUCAAAUGGCUUCUUCUGUUUCUCAAAUCAUCGGAAUCCAAUUCCGGAAUCUUGAUCAAGUGGAUGAAUCUCCAUCUCCAUACGGAAAUGGUGAAUCUUUUGUCUUUGGAAAGGAAUCACAAAUGCGUUUACUACGUUUUAAAAAUACUCUUCGCUUUCCACAAGUCAUCUCCGGAAUCACGAUUCCCGGGAAUCACUGAUUCCGAUUCCGGUUCCGUACUCCUUUUCUGGGAAAAACUAGUUUCGUUAUACAAACUCACCCGACACAUGAAGACCCGCGAAACGAUUCUAUGUUGUAUGGCAGUUUGUGUAAGGCAGUUUGCUAACAUGUUCAUGAAGAAUAACCAUGAAGUGUAUGAUAGCAUCAGCUACUAUGUUGACCUGGUCAAACUACAUUCAAACGCGUCAGAGCCUGUUAACAUUCGGAAAGCGGUUUCCGAAUCGAUAAUCGCAUCUGGGUUACUUCAAACGGUUGACUUCAUUGGUCAACAUGUUGACUUUAAUCGGGAUCUAGACACUUCCAUUAUUAACAUGUAUGCUUCUAGAACACUUGAUCUGUGGUCUGUGUGUAUAAAGCUUCUAGAAGAUGAGGAUGUUUCUCUUAGAAGCAAAUUGGCAACCGAUGUUCAAAAAUGUUUCACCAAGGAAACAUAUGGAAUCCCGAGCCAAGUUGAUAAAGUGAUAAUCUCGAGUUUUGAGUAUUUGACUUCGGUUUUUGGUCAAUGGGUUAACUACUUUGACUAUCUUUGUGAUUGGGUGUUAAGUGGUUCAGACAAUGUUGUGUCACGUGGGGAUCUUGUGAGACGUGUUUUUGAUAAGGAGAUUGAUAAUCAUCAUGAAGAGAAGUUGCUUAUUUGUCAGAUUUGUUGUUUGCAUUUGGAGAAGCUUUCGGUGUCCGGAGGUUUGGAUUUGUUAUAUGAAUGGCGGAGGAGAUUCUUGCGGCGGUUUAUGGUGGUUUCCGGCGACCUUGGCGGGAAGCAGGCGGUGAAGUGGAUUGGCGGUUUGGGUAACCAUAAAGAUGCGUUUUUGCCGGUUUAUUCGAAUCUUCUUGGUGUUUACGCUUUGUCACGGUGUAUUUUCAAGUCAAAGUCAAACAACAUCGGUUCCGAUUCCAAUUCCAAUUCCAAUUCCGAUUCCGGUUCCGGUUUUAGUUUGUCAGAAAUGGUUGAUCUUGGAGAUGCAAUUAAACCGUUCCUUGGUAACCCUCUCAUUCAUAACUUGUUUUUAUCUGUUGUUAGACUAUAUGAGGAAUCAUCGGGUGAAAAUGCUGGUUGUUUGACCGCUGAGUUGACCGGGGAUGAAGCUGGGUGGGAUCGUUUCGAUCCUUAUUUUCUUCUUAGGUAAGAAAAUUUAUAUAAUUUAUGGGAUUUGUUUCUAUGCAUUGCAUAAUUUGAUCCGGUUUUGCAAUUAAAAAGUAACGAGAGAAAAAUGGUUGUAAAAGUGGAACGUUUUAAGAAAGAAAAAUCCGACAGAUUUUAUUCUCAUGUUUUUAAUUUUUUAUCAAAGUUUGGUUGAAUAAUAUAUUACCAAAGCACAUACUAUAC